GUUAUAUUUGGUUCGUGGUCGUGAGUGCAUUGCAAAGUGUAUACAAAAUGUGGAGUGGGGAAAAACGUGAAAUUAAAAAGUAAGUAUAUCUAAGAUAUCGAAGAUUCGCGCGGUCGAGCUAUGAUAGUUGUGUUUUUGUGUAGUGAUUGGAAUAUAAAAUAACUCUCAAUGAUUUUUUUCUAAAAAAAAUAUAUUUGAAUGCGUUUUUUUUGCAUUUUUCUGUGCAUGUGUCCAUAUGGCAACGCCAGGCAGGUUAGGCCACUGGAAUAUCUAACGUUGCAAGAAGCCUUGGAAUUUUCAGAGGAAUUGUGUUCUGAUGAUGAAAACGAUGUUCCUACUAAUAUCCAGGCACUCUACAUCGAGCCACCUUAUCAGGAUAGGGAUGUAAGUGGGGAAGAUGAUGGCGAGGAUGAAGGUGGAGUUCCGGACAAUGUAUGCCCAGCACAACUUAAAGCCGGAUGUGAAAUUGUAUUUGAAAAUAGUACGCGAAUGAAAACUAACGAUUGUAGACUAGAGGAUGUUGAUGACGAGGAACCUUAUGACGAUACUUUAGACGAUUGUUUGCCGAGCUCGUCCAAGAAAAUUUGUCGCCCAAUUCAAUCAAAUACUGGAGUACCACUUCCACCAGCUAACAAAGACAGCAAAUAUACUUGGCAAACCGCUAAUUCAUUACCAGUCCUUCCCAUAUUCCCUGAAACAAAUUUCGAAGAUUGUCGGGAUCUUAGACCUCAUCAACUUUUUGAGAAAUUUUUCAGCGAUGACUUGCUUGAACAUAUAUGCAAAUGUUCGAAUUUGUACGCUACGCAUCAUCAGAAACGAUACGAAGAACUUACUAUAGAUGAGUUACGUGUGUUCAUCGCAAUUUUGAUAGUAACUGGCUACACUUCUACAGGAGCCUUUCGAGACAUGUGGAGCUGCGAUGAUGACGUUCAAAACGUUAUGGUCUUCAAUGCUAUGCGAAGGAACCGCUUUGAGGAAAUCAACUAUAUGCUGCACUUCGAGUCCGCAUUGCACGAACCGUCUGCUAGUUCUGACAGGUUUGACACUCUUUGGAAACUACGCCCACUGACUGACCAUAUAAAGGCCAAAAUGACUGAAAACUUUCACCCAGAACAAAAUCUCUCAUAUGACGAAAGUAUGAUUGCAUAUUUCGGUCGCCAUGGAUGUAAACAGUUCAUAAAAGGAAAGCCAAUUCGUUCGGAUACAAAGCUUGGUCUCUUUGCACUCCUAGAGGAUAUAUGA